AGUACGCGUUCCCAAAAAUCGCAUCUUUCAUCUUCCUCCUCUCGCAGAUACAGGGAUGGCGGACAAACCCUGCCGAGCUUUGGUUCUGUACGGAGAUGGGUCGGCCCGGUUCGUCGACCCGUCACACACCCAUCUCCACUCUCUCGCCUCCAAAGCUUCCUGUGGAUUCCUGAGCCUCCCCAUUUCUCCUCCCUCAGAAAGCGAGGAUGAGAGAAUAGUUAGAGAGUUUGCAGUACUGCUGGAUGCAUAUGAAUCCUACCUUUAUACGAGUUCAGGAAUCACUGAAGAAGAAAGAGAGAAGAAAUCCUUGAUUCCCAUAUCCGAAAGGUUCAUGGGGAUGAAAGCUGCUAUAUUUUCAAACAAUUCAAGUUUGAAAUCUUUUGGUACCAAACUUGGUUUCAGCGUAUUCCAAAUUGAUGGUUUUCUUAAAAACAGUCCAGCAGGCGCUGAACAACCGGUUAAUUUCGGGGCAUCUGAGUUACUUAAGCUGCUUGGAUUUCAAGAAGGGAAGGUAGUGGAGUCGAGCCAGUAUGAUUUGGUCUUUGUUCAUGUUGGGGCUGCUGAGGUGGAAUAUCUCAAUGCUUUGGUUGGUGCUAUAUCGCAAAUAGACCAGCCGGGAUCUGAGGUCAGUUCCCGCUUGCACUUGUCUGUUGUGUUAAACUAUGGGAAGGUCUCAGAAAACGAUGUUACCACUUGUGCCGUCUCAAUCAGAAAAGAUGAUGAAAACUCUGAUCUUGCGAAGCUUAUUCCUCGUCAAAGUUACACCAUGAAAGGAGAGAAUCCUCGGAAGGAUGUUAGGGACCAUUGCCCAAUGUUAAUUGCUCAGUGGCAAUAUGCCGUAACCCGCAAGGAUAUGGCAGAGACAUUUUCCUUUAAAGAUUUCAAAGAGAAUGGUGGAAAUCUUGUAAUACCGGCAGAUAGGUUUCUGCACGAAGUGGCCUUUAAGCUUUGGAAGGCCCCCAAGUAUGGAGCAUGAGCUGAAGUGCUGAGAAGGCUAUAGAUACCCGACGGUGCAUAAUUUUCCUCCGCAUAAGCACGAAGGUAACCGGAGGGGCAAAGCUCCUGUUGCUCAUCUCAAACGUUGUCCUAGUGCUUUUCAAAGCAAUUCUCAACUUUGGUCUUGCCUUACCGGACUCUACUUGUAAUAAGAUUAGUCUGUAUGUGACUAAAACCUUGCUAAUGUUUCGAUCACCCCACAGCGGGGGCAACAACUAAUGAUCACUGUUAUCAACUUGAUAGAAAUUUUGUUCGCUCUAA